AUGGAGGGUCAGAAAUCAAGUUACUCCAGGACUAACACCGAGGUGGAGGGUCAGAAAUCAAGUUCCUCCAGGACUAACACCGAGAUGGAGGGUCAGAAAUCAAAUUACUCCAGGACUAACACUGAGGUGGAGGGUCAGAAAUCAAGUUCCUCCAGGACAAACAUCGAGAUGGAGGGUCAGAAAUCAAGUUCCUCCAGGACAAACAUCGAGAUGGAGGGUCAGAAAUCAAGUUACUCCAGGACAAACAUCGAGGUGGAGGGUCAGAAAUCAAGUUCCCCCAGGACUAACACUGUAGUGGACGGUCAGAAAUCAAGUUACUCCAGGACAAACACUGAGAUGGAGGGUCAGAAAUCAAGUUACUCCAGGACUAACACCGAGGUGGAGGGUCAGAAAUCAAGUUCCAGGACUAACACUGAGGUGGAGGGUCAGAAAUCAAGUUCCUUCAGGACUAACACCGAGGUGGAGGGUCAGAAAUCAAGUUACUCCAGGACUAACAUCGAGAUGGAGGGUCAGAAAUCAAGUUCCUCCAGGACUAACACCGAGAUGGAGGGUCAGAAAUCAAGUUCCUCCAGGACUAACACUGAGGUGGAGGAAAUCAAGUUGGAGGGUCAGAAAUCAAGUUCCUCCAGGACUAACACCGAGGUGGAGGGUCAGAAAUCAAGUUCCCCCAGGACUAACACCGAGGUGGAGGGUCAGAAAUCAAGUUCCUCCAGGACUAACACCGAGGUGGAGGGUCAGAAAUCAAGUUCUUCCAGGACUAACACUGAGGUGGAGGGUCAGAAAUCAAGUUCCUCAUGGACUAACACCGAGGUGGAGGGUCAGAAAUCAAGUUCCUCCAGGACUAACACUGAGAUGGACGGUCAGAAAUCAAGUUCUUCCAGGACAAACACUGAGAUGGAGGGUCAGAAAUCAAGUUCUUCCAGGACUAACAUCGAGAUGGAGGGUCAGAAAUCAAGUUCCUCCAGGACUAACACUGAGAUGGAGGGUCAGAAAUCAAGUUCUUCCAGGACUAACACCGAGGUGGAGGGUCAGAAAUCAAGUUCCUCCAUGACAUAUACCGGGCUGAGAGUCAGAGAAAAAACCUAUUUAGAGCAAUAA